CUUCCCCAUCAUUUUCAAAUGUAGAUAAUCAUAAAACAUUAGCGACUGACUAAUACUGUAUGUAUAUAAUGGAAAAGAGAAGAUUUCACAAUGUUUGGAGGAUGGAGAUAUUAUAUUGUAGAUAAAACAUUAGCAACUAGUACUGUAUGUGUAACCAGGAGACUUGCAACUCUUUAACUGUUCUUAAAUCCGAGUCCUUGGCUCUCACCACAUGUCAUUACUUUAAUUAAUAAUAUGCGAGAGUUGUAUAUAUAUGUGUAUGUUUACCAAGAAGAAUAUCACAAAUAUUGGUGGAGUGGAGUCGAAGGUGAUCAGACUUUAAUAAUAAUAAUAAUAAUAAUAUUCCAUGAUUGAUAUAUAUAUAUAUGACAAAUUAAGAACAAAGCGCACACACUGCAUGGCCUUGCAGAUGAGGCAAGAAUAAAAGCAUUUGCAUAUUUCAUGCACCAAGGUCCAAGGCAAGUAAAGCACCGAAUGUAAUAAGACUUCAAAUAUUUAAACUUCAUGAGUUCUGAGUUGCUGCCGCUGCUGCUGCUGCUGCUGCUAUUGAUCUAAUUGUUCAGAGGACAACCAUAAAUAAAUAAAUAAAUAAAUCAAUGAACCUCCUCCGUCUCACUACGCAACUGUGGAAUUUAUUUGACGCGUGGGAGAUUCGAUUCCUGGUUUUACUCAGCCUCUUCCUCCAGAUCGUCCUCAUCUUCUCCGCCGACCACCGCAAGCACAACGUCAAUCGGCUACUCAAUGUCGUGCUCUGGUUGGCCUACCUCCUCGCUGAUUCGGUAGCCAUCUUCGCCCUCGGUGUCCUCACCCACUCUCAAGAUGAUGAGUCCUCUCCCUCUCCCUCUCCCUCUCCCUCUGCCGCCGCUGCAAACAGCAUUAAUGAGUUUUCUCUCCAGGCAUUCUGGUCUCCUUUCCUUCUUCUCCACCUUGGCGGGCCAGACACAAUCACCGCUUUCUCCCUCGAAGACAAUGAGCUUUGGCGUCGUCACCUGCUCAACCUUCUCUUCCAAGUCACCACUGCCUUCUACGUCUUCUACAAAUCACUCUUUCUCAGCACAACAUGGCUGUUACCAAGCCUCUUCAUGUUCGCCACCGGCUUGCUCAAGUACGGUGAGCGAACUUGGUCUCUCUUCUCCGCCAGCAUGGACCGUUUCCGCAGCUCCUUGCUCACUGCUCCUGACCCCGGCCCCAACUACGCCAAGUUCAUGGAGGAGUAUGCAUCCAGCAAGAGUGCCGGCCUCCACGCCGAGAUCACCGUCGAGCAAGAGCGCCACCCUAAGUCCGUCACUCCAGACGACACUCAGAAACAUGAUCCAAAGUCUCACGAAGAGAUCGUGCAAUGGGCCUACUGUUUAUUUCUUACUUUCCGGCGUCUCAUCGUCGAUCUCAUUCUCACCUUCGAGGACCGAAUCAACAGUCAAGCCUUCUUCUUGAUAGGCCUCUCCGCCAUUGAAGCCUUCAAAGUGGUUGAAAUCGAGCUGUCUUUCAUCUACGACGUGCUUCAUACUAAGUCCGCCGUGAUCCAUACCACCAUCGGACGUCUCAUCCGUCUCACCACCUUCAUCUACACCAUCAUCGCCCUCUUGCUAUUCUUCCUCAUCGACAAGCGUAAAUACGACCCAAUGGAUGUCAGAGUCACUUACACACUUGCCAUUGGAGCUCUGGUGCUGGAGAUUUACGCCAUGUUUUACGCUAUCGUAUCUUUUUGGACAUACAAUUGGUUAUAUUUCAGCAAAUAUACUAGUCUGUCUUCAUUUGUGUUCCGGCUUUCAAAUUUUUUUUGUAUGUAUAGCAAACCAAGCUGGUCUGAUUCCAUGGCUGGCUACAACCUCCUCUCUUUCUGCUACAAAGACCAAUUCUGGGUGAAAGUCGGCAAGAUAUUGUGCUUCAUCGGUUUGAAAGACACAUGUGACCAGUUCUGGUAUACAAAACACAAACCAGUUCCUGAGAAACUCAAGAAGGUGAUCUUCAGGGAGUUGAAGCUAAAGACCGGCAGCAUCACUGACACAGCGAGUUACAAGCGAUUCAAUGCCUGCCGUGGCGAAUGGGCACUCCGGCAGAAAGGCUACUACAAAGAGUUGGGUUGGAGUGUGGAAGUCGAGUUUGAUGAGUGCGUCCUUCUUUGGCACAUUGCCACUGAUCUAUGCUUCUUUGAAGAAGCUGAAGAGGAGAAAGACAAUAUCAGCCGAGUUGUGUCUGAUUACUUAUUAUACCUUCUCCUUGAGCGACCAUUCAUGCUCACCGCCGGCAUUGGGCAAAUAAGGUACGGUGACACUUGUGCGGAAGUGAAGCACUUCUUCCAGAGAUGGGGGAAGGAGAAGAGUAUUGAAGGUGUUUGCAAGAUGCUUCUUAAAGUUAACACAGAGUACCUGCCAAUAGAUGUGAAAGGAGAUCGAAGCAAAUCAGUGCUUUUCGAUGCGUGCAGGCUAGCCAAAGAUCUGAUGAAGAUCAAGGAAAAGAAGACGAGGUGGGAGGUGAUCAGUCUGGUGUUGGUGGAGAUGUUGUGCUUUGCUGCGACCAAGUGCAGAGGCAACUUCCAUGCUAAACAGUUGAGUAAUGGAGGUGAGUUGCUCACACAUGUCUGGAUUCUCAUGGCGCACAUGGGCAUUGGCGAGCAAUACCGGAUUGAGGCUGGCCAUGCAAGAGCCAAGUUAUUUGUUGCUAAAUGAUUAGCGGUGUGUGUACCCUGUUGUUCCAUGCUUUCCUUCAGCGCUUGACAGUUUUUAUUUUUAUUUGUUGGGUUUUUGUUCUAUUCCGUCUCAUGUCU